UUUUUACCCUCUCAGUACGGGAGCCGAGCGGGGACCGGCUGGUUACGCAGCGGCCGUGGGUCUCCACCCGAGAGUAUGGCGGCUAGGAUUGCACCAGAGAGCGGGGGAGAGACGGAGACAUGCCAGCGAUGGUGAAAAAGAAACAAAGAGACACAAGUUCUUUAAUCAAGUGUCGAAAUAGUUUUAGUUUGUGCAGAUUUUCCGCGGCGGCUUCCUGCUUCAAAAUCUGCGCCUGCAGUUCAUUCUAGGGGCUGAACCCAGCGUUUUUCCAGUGUCCUCGAUGGAGCAAGUUUGUUUUUUUUCUGAUGCAUAGACAGGGGUGAGCUAAGCAGAUGAAAACCCGCACGGUCCACAUCAUCGGCCGAUAUUUUCUUCCUCCCCUGUGCACAUUUUGGACAGUUGCAGUCCUCGGAUGCUCGUAUAGCUGUCAGUGUCUGGCCUGCAUGGGGGAAUUUCUACAAUGAAAUCCAUCUUGGGGCACCGAGUCUUUGUGCUCUGCCAUAGCUGAGCAGCGGCGAGCAAGACUAUAUUAUUGACAACCCGUUCAAAAUGGGACACGAAUGGUGAAUGUGAUUCGUGCGGGAACAUUUUGAGUUCAUUUCAAUGACGCGCGGAGAUUGAUACCUUACGACUUGAUUUAAUCCACGAUGCGCGAGUAUAAAGUGGUGGUCCUGGGCAGCGGUGGGGUCGGGAAAUCCGCCCUCACUGUGCAGUUUGUCACCGGGACGUUCAUUGAGAAGUACGACCCGACCAUAGAGGAUUUUUACCGCAAGGAGAUCGAGGUGGACUCCUCACCCUCGGUACUGGAAAUCCUUGACACCGCUGGUACCGAGCAGUUCGCCUCCAUGCGGGACCUUUACAUCAAAAACGGUCAAGGAUUCAUACUGGUCUACAGCCUUGUCAACCAGCAAAGCUUCCAGGACAUAAAGCCGAUGAGGGAUCAGAUCAUAAGAGUGAAAAGGUACGAGAAGGUUCCUGUGAUCCUGGUGGGGAACAAGGUGGACCUGGAGAGCGAGCGCGAGGUAUCGUCCAGUGAAGGCCAGGCCCUGGCUGAGGAGUGGGGCUGCCCGUUCAUGGAGACAUCAGCCAAGAGCAAAACCAUGGUAGACGAACUGUUCGCUGAGAUCGUUCGGCAGAUGGACUACGCCGCCCAGCCAGACAAGGAUGACCCCUGCUGCUCUUCUUGCAAUAUACAAUAGCCCCGGGGGCCUCCAGGAACAGGCCAGGCAAAAAAAAAAAAAAAAAGUCUACUUUCGACUCACAGCAGAGAGAUACACACUCGGAUACACACGCGCACACACACACACACACACACACACACAUGCACAUGCCAAUUAAACGGAAGAUAAAUUCAUGGUUGAACGCAAUGGAUGUUAACUCUAUGGAGCAUAAAAUCUACAGUGACAUGAUUAUUAAUAACGACAUGUGAGUAAUGAAUACGUUUUGAAUGAGGAAUGCCAGGAAUUUGCUGCAAGUGAAAUUGACAAAUGACAAAAAGGAACGUGCCCUCGCCUUAUGUUACUCUCUUUUGUUGUUUGUUUUCAUCCUCUCAUCAGCAAAGAAUCACAGAUCAGGAUCACUACUCUUUAGGUUGUUAAACAAUCUGAUAUAAAUGAGUUAAAAAAAAAAGUUUUCUCCUGGUUUUGUCUGUUUCGCACAAAACACCGAGAUGCAUUUUUUUAUUAUUAUUAUUAUUAUUAUUAUUACCCUGACUCGGUUGCAAGUAGCUACUGUACAAUAACCCAAUAACAGAUUUCUGGGAUCCAGUUGUUUCAAACACUGAGGAGUAUUUUAUUUGCAGUAUGUACACUUUUUUUCUCCCAUCUUUGUCUGUAUAGUGGUCAGUGGGAGGUUUUUCAUCACAGGGCUGAACCAAAGAGGUGACCUGAAAGCACCUCUAUUAUAUAUAUAUAUAUAUAUAUAUAUAUAUAUAUAUAUAUAUAUAUAUAUAUAUAUAUACAUUUUCAGCUGUUAAAAAAAGGAAUGGAGAGAAAACAGUGGAUAAGUCAGUGUCUUUUCUUCAAACAUUUGGUGCAGUCAUCUCUUUCCUAUUUUCUCACUUUUGAGAUAUAAUGGUAAACAUAGCGGAGUCACAUAUCGUGUGAUGUUUUGUUUUCCUCCUGGGGGAAGACUGAUGGCAGAUCGCUGAGUGGUAGUAUAACUAACUGCUUCAUCCUUAUGGGACAAACAGUUCAUCUUUUCAGUGUUUGAAUAUCUCUACAGACGAUCUCUCGAAACUCUUUUCAGGAAUGGGUGACAUUUAAAGUGAAGAUGCCAACAUUUGUCAUACUUUGCAUUUUUCUUUUUCUCUCCUCUGGUAUCAAUAUGAAAUGGGGUUCUCAAGCGUUUCAACAUCCUGAUCCCAUUCUUUAUGUGCUCAGAGUAUUCAAAUCCAUAGUAACAAAUAGUAACGACGAAGGCGAUGAUACUAAGAAUAAUAAAUGGUAGUGUAAAUAUUUUGUAUUGAAAGUGCCAGCUCCUAUGAAGACACUGACUCAACACAUGUGGAAUUGUCAACUGUAUGCAUGGCUAGUAAACAAAAAAAGGACUCUUAUUGUUUGAGAUUAAUAUAGGCUGUGGAAAUGUGCAAACCAAACACAUACACGUCUGGAUCUGGACAUUGUCUCAACUGUACAUCUGUGUUGCCACGGGAACCAGACUCUCCCUGUGUAACCAUUUUCAUUGUUGAUUUUAUAUUUUUUUAUGUGACCAUUUACUCUUUAUUCCCUCUCUGAAUGGUGACACUGUUACAUUUGACACCUAAACAAUAAAAGUGCGUUCAACACUCAA